AUGCAUUUUGACAGUAGGUGCUUCAAGCUUUAAAGUGAACCUACGUUUAUUAUUGUAUGAUUUGUUUUUAUAAUAGUUUAAAUAUUUACGCUAUUAUAAUGGUUUAUAUAUAUAUAUGAAAUAUUUAGUGUCCAAAUACAAUCACUGCAUUUUAAGAUUAUAUUGAAUCUGUCCAAAACAACCGAUCAGAUCAGCAUUCCUUUCACAGAAAUCCUACCCAUCCCUUAUUAUACUUAUUGCUACAAACCGGUUCUCACUUAAUUCACAAUGGAUUGAGAAUCUUCACAGGAAAGAAGUUUUGCAGGAAUUUCCUUCAUUAUUAUGAAAAAUACGAUAAUUAUUUUAACAAUUCUAUUCAGUGAGUAAACUUCUUAUUUUGAUUAUGAAGAAUUCCUAUAUACUAUCCUAAUCAUAAAUCAUAAGUAAUAGAAAAUUAUAACAUAAAAUAUAUUCUUAUGCUGUUUUGACAUGUGCAUAUGUAGAGUGACAGUAGUGAUGAAACAAUAUUUAAAUGUACCAGGUAUUUUGCUGGAUCACGUGAAAUCUGAAUGCAGAACAAAUCAAUUUCAGUGUGAUAAUGGACAAUGUAUUGCAAAACGUGGUCGAUGCAAUGGUAUACUAGACUGUACAGAUAAUUCGGAUGAAACAUUUAUUCAGUGUGGUUCAAUCAUCUGCUCGAAAUUCUCCUUCCGUUGCAAUUAUGGUGCCUGUAUUGAUAGUAAUUUAAAAUGCAAUGGAGUUACAAAUUGCGCAGAUGGUUCAGACGAAGAUUCUGAAUUAUGCACUGUAUCUAGUACUACAUCUAUUACUUCAACAAGUUCAAGACCCCCACCUAUUCCUAGCUUUCCAAAUUUUAAAUUUUGUUUUCCACCACCAAAACCACAAAAUGGCUAUUGGAAAUUACACAAAUUGUAUUGUUGUAAUGCACAAGAUCAAGUAUGUGAUGACUGUGAGGUUUCACAAAAUACAUUAUUCGUACCAGGACAAGAAUUAGUAUACAUGUGUAAUCCUGGCUAUAAGUUAAGUAACAAUGCUUCAACAUUUUGUAAUGGACGAGGCCACUGGAUAAAUAUUCCACAAUGUGAAGAAAUACACUGUAAAGAAUUAGAAUCAGAUUCUACAAGUGUUGUGUGUAUUCAGAAUGGUAACUAUGUGCCAUGUUCGAAUCUUGUUCCUGGAACAGAAGCAAUAUUAAGAUGUCUUGAUGGUUAUUAUAGAAAGGAAGAUAUUGGAUCACUUCGAACUAAGUGUAAUAAGAAUGGUGAUUGGUUUCCCCAGCCAAUACAGUGCAUUCCAGAAGUUGAUAUUUUUGGAUCUCCAUGGCAUGCUACACUUUACCUAGCAAUGAAUUCUACUGCAUCAAAAGAAUUUCUUUGUGGUGCAACUAUCAUUCAUGAAAGACUUCUAAUUACAGCAGCACAUUGUGUUUUUGAGUUUGAGAAACUACGAGAUGUUUCAAAAUUUUACAUACUCGCAGGCAAUAUAUUUAGAGAUUACGAUUCUCCUUUUCACGAUUUGAGAUUUGUGAAGAAAGCAGAGGUGAAACACAUAUACUAUAUUUGCCGGUAUAAUGGAUAUAUAGGAAAUUUUGCUGACAACAUAGCUGUAUUAGAAAUUAAACAACGAUUUAUAUUCUCAAGUACAUUAUUGCCUAUAUGUUUAGAUUACAGUGACAGAAUUUCAUUACAUGAUGGAUUCUACGGGCAAGUCGCAGGAUUUGGAAAAACUACUUAUGGAUCACUUAGUCCUAUUUUACGAAAACUUGAAGUGCCAUAUGUUUCUUUUGAUCAGUGUAGAUUUUUAAACACUAAUGAUAAUAUAGAACAGAUUCUUACACCGGAUAAGUUCUGUGCAGGAUAUACAAAUGGAUCAGCAGUUUGUGAGGGCGACAGUGGUAGUGGAUUGAUUUUUAAGAGCAAUGGAUUAUCGUAUUUAAAAGGCAUUGUUAGUGCUAUGUUAAGUAAAGAAACAUUAGGAGGGAAGAAGAUCUGUGAUAGUUAUUCAUAUUCUCUAUAUACUCGAGUUUCCAGUCAUAUGACAUGGAUUGCAUCUAUUAUUUCGACAAUCAAUAAUGGUGAAUCACCAUUAAUAUAUUCAUGCCCUUUAUAAUUACGUUUAAAUGCUCAAUAAUUGCUUUAAAAAAUUUAAUGCUUGUUCUACGAGUGGUUUGCAUAAAAUUUUUUCUUUAAUUGAAUAACUUGUUAAUGAAAAUUUUAGAGAACUAUCUAUAACAAUAUACAUUUUCUAUAUUAAUAUCUCAUUUUAAAUCAUAAAGAUAUAAUUAUAUUUCAAAUUUUUAAUAAAAAAAUGUGCAAGAUAUUAUUAAAUCUACAUUUUAUUUUAAAAAAAUAAAAAAAAGCUUUCAUAAAAUAUGUGUUCAAUUAUAUUUGUUUUCCUUAUCUUUCCUUAUCAUUUCUACUUUUCUCUGUGGUUUUUGUAUUUUUGUAUCGAAGACUUCUAUUAUUUUGUCCUUUUCAUUAUAGACUAUAAUUGUAUUGUUCGUUCUAUAUCUUCCUAGUAGUUUUUGGAUAUUAUUCUUCAUUUCUUUUUUUUUCCUUUUUCCUUUUGAUUCUUCCCAUUUCUUUAUUUUUCUCAACUUUUCUUGCCAAUAUAUAGCAUCUUGGCAGGAAAUCUUCUUAGGAAGGAACUAUAGUUUCUUUGAUUUUUUUUUUUUUAUUUGAGGCUUCUAUUUUAUUACGAAUGUUUCUUUCUGGUAUUAGAUAUACUAACUCAUGGAUUAAUUCUUUUUUUAUUUUGUCUUAUCUUAUUCAUCCUCAAUCUAUUAUUUCUUCUAUUUUAUUUUAUCAUAAACUUACUUUUUUCUCUUCUUCAUUAUUGUGUGAGAUGAUAUAAUGCACUAAUUCUGGCUGAGUUUCUAAAUAUCUGCCUGAUUUUGUCUAUUAUCUCCUCUCUGAAAUCUGUUAUGAUUGUAAUUGCAAGAUCAAUGUCAAUUUAUUUUCUCAUUUUCUUGAUCUAUUAUAUCUCUGAUUGAUCUUUUUACAGUACAUUAAUUCUGUUCAUCAUUCUUUGCAGAAACUUCUUUUUUAACUUACAAGUUUUUUUUUUAAACUUCUAAUAUCAUGUACAUUCAAUAAGAAUAUUCGUCAUAUGAUAGAGAGAUAAGGAUAGUUCCUUUAGAUCAUUCGCUAAUACGCUAUGCUAUACAAUUUUGUACAAACGAGCUAGAUAAAUCCCUCACUAAUAUUUUUAACAUUUAUUUGUUAAUUAAUUAAUUUCUACAUAAUAUUUUGUACUCAAAAAUAAUCACUUCUUUUUAACUAUAGAACAUAUCAAAAUAUAAUUUGAAAAAUGUUUCAUAUUUUUCCAAAAUUUUCAAAAUUCCAAGAAUUUCUAUAUUUCGAUUUCGCUGAUAUUUUAAAAAUGGAUUUCUUUUAGAUGAAAACAAUGUUUACGAGAAGAACUUUUAA